AACUUUACCACUUCCUUCAUCUUUUUAUAUUAUAGCGUCGAGACGAAGCUCGAUUUUGUGCAGAAACGCGAAGUUGAACAACAACAUCCAUAUCUCUCCCUACCUUUGAUCUUUCUACGUAUUGGUUUAUGAGCUCAAAGGAGAAGCCCACUCUCGGAGGAACGCGGAUUAAGACCCGCAAAAGGAAUAUUGCUGCUCCUUUGGACCCUGCUGCUUUCUCUGAUGCUGUUGUCCUGAUUUAUCUCGAUAAUGCUGGUGAUCUCGAACUUGUUGCCAAGACCAUUGAGUCAUCUGAUCUUAAUUUCUCUCGAUACGGCGAUAUCUUCUUUGAGGUUGUUUUCAUCGGAGGACGUACGCAAACCGGUUCUGUGAAAUCUGAUGAAGGGGAACGCCAUCCUUACUCCAUCAUCGACUGCCAACCAAACCGUGAAGCCAUCUUACCAUCAGUUGUAUACAUUCAGAAAAUCCUGCGCAGGAAACCAUUCCUCAUAAAGAACCUCGAGAAUGUCACCCGGAGGUUCUUGCAGUCGCUCGAGCUUUUCGAGGAGAGCGAGAGGAAGAAGCUCGCCAUAUUCACAGCCCUCGCGUUCUCCCAGAAGCUCUCGGGGUUGCCUGCCGAGACCGUCUUCCAGCCGCUGCUCAAGGACAACCUUGUUGCCAAAGGGAUAGUGCUCACUUUUGUGACUGACUUCUUCAAUGAGUAUUUGGUUGAGAACAGCCUCGAUGACUUGAUUGGUAUUCUGAGGCGUGGCAAGAUGGAAGACAAGCUCUUGGACUUCUUGCCACCCACUAAGCGGACUACUGAAUGUUUCUCUGAGCAUUUCACCAAGGCGGGAUUGACAGCGCUGGUGGAGUACAAUGAAAAGAAAAUAUUUGAGGUGAAGCUGAAGGAAAUAAAAGAGGUGCUUACGAGCCAAGUGACGGAGGAGAUUAACAUAGAUGAGGUGAUUGAAACGGUAAAGCAACAGGUGAAAGAUGCUAAACUGCCAGAGAUUGAGGUUGUGCGUGUCAUCUGGGACGGGAUAAUGGAUGCUGUUCAGUGGUCUGGUAAAAACCAGCAGCAAAACUCAAACUCUGUAUUACGCCAAGUGAAGACAUGGGCACCGCUUCUGAACACGUUCUGCAGCAACGGGAAAAUGGAGAUGGAGCUGAUGUACAAAGUACAGAUGCAAUGCUACGAGGAUGCAAAGCUGAUGAAAGUGUUUCCAGAGGUAGUGAGGUCUUUGUAUGAGCUUGAUGUACUUGCUGAGGACACUAUUCUCCAUUGGUAUCGCAAAGGGAGCAACCCCAAGGGCAGGCAAACGUUUGUGAAGGGGUUGGAGCCGUUUGUGAAUUGGCUGGAAGAGGCUGAGGAAGAAGAGUGAGUGAAUGAGUGAGCCACGGAAGCCAAAUCUGUUUUUCUUUUAUCUCUUCUAAUAAAACAUAAAACUUUGAUUCACACAAAAGUCAGAUGCUUGAAGCUUUUUUUUUUUUGAAUGGAUUGUUUGUUUGUUUAUUGGACUACGUCUUUAAACUGUUUUGAGGUCUCUUAUGUUUGA